AUGGCGCCUGAACACGGACAAGCUAUUGGCAAGGUCGCCUACAACGUCUGGCUAGAUGCUUUCGACGAUGGUCUCCGGUCAGCUGAACCUCGUCCACAGAAAACGCGCCUCGUUGCUUCCGAAUUCGUCGAACGCCAGUGGCUCAAGACCAGGGGUGAAAUCAUAAAAGAUUGGAAUCGGCGCCAUGACAGCUGGCACUUGCCCACUACUCAUGAGACAGCCCUCGAGAACUGGGGUACCGACCAUCAUUGUUUCUGGAUCGGAUGGUUCGUCCCGCGCCUUCACCGCAACUACGAAGACCGCUCUCCCAAGCCCGGUCAGUGUGUCAACAGUUGCUCGGCCAUGGUCCUCACCCAAUUCACCGUGAACAAAGCCUUCAAGGUUGUCUACAAGGCCGGUGGGACUAGCAAAAAUAAGCUAUUCGCUCUCUAUUGUCCGGACACAAACGGUGUUUGCAAGGCUAUCUCUGUCCCAGGGGGCGUUUGUAGCGUCUUGUUCUUCGAAGAAUGGAGGGACGACACUUUGACAGCCCGCACAGCUCGGCAGAGGUCUUGGCUAAGGAACGUUAUGAGCAGCUCCCUCGCAGAGCCGUCGAGUCUUACCCCGGAGGCCUCAUCCGAACUCCAACCCAACGAACGAGGACGCCAAAUUUUCCAUGAAGAGUCCUCGUUAAGCGAUUCCGUCGUGGAAGACCGGUUAUCGUCUUGUAACGAUUCGGACGGAGACGGCUCGGAAUACGUGUUCUCGGGGUCUGAAUCGUCCGAGUCUGGCGACAACACUGAUACAAGCCACACGAGUGAGAGUCUCAAGACUUCCGAUGAUGGGGCAGAAGAAGGUGAAGAGCAAAUCGACCGCAAGCCUAUCGUUACCGGUCCAAUGCAAAGGGACGCCCCGCCUCACACCUCAUUCAUCGUAUCAACCAGGAACACUGUAUUGGACACUAGAUCCCCUGCAAAGGCACGUGUCACCAAGGUACCGGAAGCAAAAAUUGGGUCUAUAUCAAACCUCUCACUUUCGCGCUGGGAGUCGCUUUUUUGGAGGGCGGGCGUCACCGGUAGAGAUGACCUUGAAGGACGAAGCGAGACUUGCCCCAAAGGCCGAGCGACCCCGGCACAUGCAAAAAUAUCAGGCACGCAGACGAAGAAGCGCCGAAUUAGACAGCACGGCGAACUAGAUUCGAGACCCAAGCGCAGCCGGCCUUCUCGGCAGGCCUCGACGGCACUCGUCAAAGCCAAAAACGGAGACAUCGAUGACGAGGAUGAGGUCAAGGUUGAGAAUACACACGACAGCGAUGACGAGGUACAGUUCAUUAGAGAGGUAUCCCUUACCACAAACCGAAAGAAACAACCCAUGACAGCAUCUGCGGCACCCUCUAUGACAGAUAGCGCCGCCUUCGUACUCGACUUCAUCGCUACCGACAAGCUGGCCAAGGUGGCGCGGCUCCAUGAUGCAGUCUCUCGCAGAGUCACGCUCAAGGCCUUCCGGAAGCAUCUCACGUCCACAGUAGAGGCAGAUUCUGAUGCGCUGGCCCAUAAUAUCGCCGAGAACGAGGACGAAGAUACACGCAUCAUGCUCGCGGAGGCGCUUGCAGCGGAUCUUGCAGAGAAGAUGGCUGUGAUCGCCAAGCCCCAUUCGGACGGCACAUGGUGA